GGACUCGGAUCACUCUCUCUUCCUGUAUUACAAGGCGGGUGUGGGGGACCUGCGGGUUUUGCACCAUGUUCCCGGUGCCCUGGAGUGGUGGGGGUCGGAGACCAGGCUUCUAUGACAGCAGCGCGGUGCUGUUAAGGAACGCCAACUUUUACCACAGCCCCGCAAACCCUAAACCUCCAGAGCCCGGACCUAGACCCGGGCUCUUCGAAGAUCUGCAGUUCCCCGCUGACAACUCGUCCCUGCACGGCCCGGGAGGGGCCUCCCGUUUCAACAUUGCCAUAUCGCGGUGGAAGAGACCUCAGGAAAUUUGUGCCAGUCCUCAGUUUGUUGUUGGUGGGACCACCAGAACGGACAUUUGCCAGGGAGCCUUGGGUGACUGCUGGUUUCUGUCUGUCAUUGCCUGUCUCAGCCUCAACAAAGAUGUAAUGAAACAGGUGAUUCCUCCAAACCAGGGAUUCGGGGCAGGUUACUCAGGAUGUUUCCGCUUUAAGUUCUGGCAAUACGGGCAGUGGGUUGAAGUGAUGGUCGAUGAUCGACUGCCCACCAUCAACAACAAGCUGGCGUUUCUCUACUCCAAGGAUAACAAUGAGUUCUGGAGCCCACUCCUGGAGAAAGCCUACGCCAAGCUGAAGGGGUGCUAUGAGUCUCUGUACAUCGGUUACCCUCUGGAAGCGAUGGUUGAUCUGACGGGGGGAGCCCCAGAGUCAUUUCAGAUUGACGAGAUGCCCAAGGAUCUUUGGAAAUUCCUGAAGAAACUCCUGGAGAAAGGCUCCAUAGUCUGCUGUGCUAAGUCGGGUCCAGCGGGAGUAUUAAGUGAACAAGGCAUUGUGACUGGACAUGCAUACUCAGUGACCGGUGUUGAUCAGGUUCAACUCAAGACAAGUCGAGUGGAAUUGGUGAGAGUUCGCAAUCCGUGGGGCAGAGUGGAGUGGAAUGGGGCCUGGAGUGACGGGUCUGCAGAGUGGAGCCAGGUCUCAGAACAACACUAUCCCCAGACAGUACACCUGGAAGAUGGAGAGUUUUGGAUGUCCAUUGAGGACUUCAAGAAAAAUUUUUCCUCUGUGGAGAUUUGCCACCUAAGUCUAGAGCAGCUCUCCAACCCUGAUGGGAAGCUGAAACCCUGGGUACAGAUGAUUUAUGAGGGUCGCUGGGUUCGGGGCUUCUCCGCUGGAGGCAACUUACACUACAAAGCCAAGUACUACUGGAUGAACCCACAGUUUAAACUCACCCUGUUUGAGGAGGACGAUGACCCCGAUGACCCCGAGGUGGCCUGUACCUUCCUGGUGGUCCUGAUGCAGAAACACAGGCGGAGGAUGCGGCUGAAGGGAGUCAACUUCCUGUACAUUGGCUUUGACAUCUUCCAGGCAGACCCCGCCAAAGCUUACCUGACCUUCGAAGAUCUGCAGAAAGCAGCACCUGUUCUCUCCACGAAGGAGCACAAGAACACCAGCGAGGUCGCGCUGAGAGGCCGCCUACCGCCGGGACACUACGUCAUCGUUCCCUCCACGGCCAACCCCAACGAGGAGGGGGAGUUCCUUCUGCGAGUCUUCACCGAGAAGGGCAACGUGGCAGUGCCAGUAGAGAGGAACAUGUCAGCAACCGACACCCCACAGGUUCUGCCUGACCUCAGACACUGCCCCCUUCCCUCUGCUGAAGAUUCCAGGGAACUGUUUGACAAGUACUGCGGGUCGGAUGAGGCAAUUUCAGCGCUGGAGCUUCAGAAACUACUGCUGGAGAUCCUGCAGAAAACCGGUCUCAGUGAGAAGUGGGAUCAGUUUGGUCUGGACGACUGCAAGAGUCUGAUUUCGCUGACAGAUAACCGUGGGUUUGGAAAAAUGAGAUUUGAGGGAUUCAGUAAUCUCUGGAGUAAAAUCUGCCACUGGACACAAGUCUUCAGUCAGUUCGAUAAGAAUGGAUCAGGGACCAUGGAGAGUCAAGAGAUGUUCAGUGCCCUCCAGGCUGCAGGGUUCCAUGUGGAUGAGUUUUUGAUGCAGCUAAUAGGACUGAGGUACGCAGACCCUGAUCUCACCCUCAGUUACGUGAAUUUUAUUUGCUGCUUGAUGAAGCUGGACACCAUGAUCAGAGCUUUCAAAACUAUGGACAAGUUUGGAACCGGAGUGGUCAGUAUUGGCUAUAAAGAGUGGCUGCAGAUGACCAUGUAUAGCUAGGAUCCUGUGGACCUUUCACUCCUUCAACCAGAAGAGCUCCUGCAACAGAUGCUCCGGACAGAGCAGACCUUCACAAACCUUGGCUGUAGCAAUGACAAGGUGCCUGCAGUGUAAUCGUGGUCACAUAUCAGACCCUCAGGGAUACUGCAGCCACGCUGAGCCAGUUCCAGCUGCUUUAUUUUCCUUUUUCUUUUCCUGUAUUUCUGUCCACUUUUUCUUGCAACUUUUAAAACUUAAGGCCUUGUGUCAGAACUGUCUCACUUCUGUUCUCUGAACCUCAGUGAGUAUCAGCCUUUCCCCGAAGGCAGGAGGUGUGAGCUCACACAUUUGGGUACAGUAGUUUAGUGGUUAUGUUACUGGACUAAUGGGAUCUAGUAGAGGACAGGGGAAUUUAAAUUCAGUUCAGUUAAUUAUCUUUUAAAAAAUCACUGUCAGUAAUGGUGACUAUGAAACCACCAGAUUAUCAUAAAAACCCAUGAUUAAGGACAGAAAUCUGCUGUCUUUAAUUGGUGAGUCCGGACCCACAGAGCUGACUAACACUUUAAAGAGUCUUUGAAAUGAUUCACUAUACCACUGAGUCACACCAAGCUGCUGUAAGCAACUCAGGAAGGCAGCUGACCUCCUCUCCCCAGAGUAAUUAGGGGUGGGCAGUACAAGCAAUCCUGCAUCUCACAAUGACUUAAAAAUACACAAGAUCCACAAAACAAAGGGAGCGGUGACUGUUCAGGAUGCUAUUUUCCAGAGCCGUUCUUUCUCUGAGACACUAAAGUCAAAGUCGAGUUUGUCAUACGAGCAAGUCCGUGUGUGCACAGGUGCAAUGAAAAACUUACUUGCAGCAGCAUCACGGGCACAGAGCAUCGGAUAAGCAGCAUUCACAAGAAAAACAUAAACAUAAAUUAUAUACAACAGAAUAAAUUAUUUACAUUAAACUGAGAUUCCAUCUGCCCUUCUCAGCUGUAUUGCCCACGUCACCAUUAUAACAGGGGUGCUGGCUCAACCCCCAGCACUGAAGCAGAUUAUCUGUUUUUGCUGCUGUUUGUGGGAGCUUGCUGUGUGCAAACUGGCUGAUGCACUUUCUACACUCUAACCCUUGGCAAUAUUUCAAAAUGAGUUCACUGGUUGUAAAGUAUUUUGGGACACAAGGAACAAUAGAUUUGUAUUUCUUUCUCAAUCCUCUCUCUACAGAUGUAACUGUAUAUUCAGAGAAAUAGUGAGAUAUUUGCAAUUAUUUGCAUUAAUAUUUUUGAAUGCUGUUCUUUAACAUACUGUAAUUGCACCAAAGAAUCCAAUUAAAAACCUUAA